CUGUGAACUGCUUCUUCUUCCUGGGGAAGAGAGAGAGAGAGAGAGAGAGGGUCGAUUUGCCUGCGCCUGCUUCAUCCUCCAUCGACGAGCACGCGCGCCUGUCAGCGAAAGGAAGAGAGUAAGAACGCUUCGAUUUCAGAGAGAGAGAGAGAGAGAGAGAGAGAGAGAGAGAGGAAGAAGCAAGGAAGCGGCGGAGUGAGCGGGAGAAGAAAUGAAGGGAGGGACGGUCCAGAUCAACUGGCACGAGACCAAGCCCGUCCUAACCCUAGAUUUCCACCCCCUCUCCGGCCUCCUCGCCACCGGCGGCGCCGAUUUCGACAUCAAGCUCUGGCUUUUAGUUUGCGAAGAGCAGAAGAAAGGUCCUGUAGCAACCUAUCAGAACAGUCUCACAUACCACGGCUCUGCUGUUAAUAUCCUGCGCUUUUCGCCUUCGGGGGAUUUUCUGGCCUCUGGUGCUGAUGGAGGAGAGCUAAUCUUAUGGAAGUUGCAUGUGGGAGAAGCUGGUCAGACGUGGAAAGUUCUCAAGACAUUAUCGUUUCAUCGGAAGGACGUAUUGGACCUUGAAUGGUCUAAAGAUAGUGCAUUUCUGAUUUCAGGAUCAGUUGAUAAUUCUUGCAUCAUUUGGGAUGUUAACAAAGGAUCAGUUCAUCAGAUUUUGGAUGCUCAUUUGCAUUAUGUUCAAGGGGUCGCAUGGGAUCCAUUGGAUAAAUAUGUUGCUUCUCUCAGUUCAGAUAGGACCUGUCGAAUUUAUGUCAAUAAGCCUCAGACAAAAGGAAAGAGUUCAGAGAAGAUGAAUUAUGUCUGUCACCAAGUUAUCUCCAAGGCAGAACCCCAGCUACCAGAUGAUUCAAGGCCUGUGAAAAGUCAUCUCUUUCAUGAUGAGACAUUACCAUCAUUCUUUCGAAGAUUAGCCUGGGCACCAGAUGGAUCCUUCUUACUUGUGCCUGCUGGUUCUUACAAAUUAUUGCCUUUGGCAGAACCUGUAAAUACUGCUUACGUAUUUUCUAGAAGAAAUCUUUCAAGACCUGCUAUACAGCUCCCUGGAGCUACCAAACCUGUUGUUGCAGUUCGUUUCUGUCCUGUAGUAUUUGAUCUUCGAGGAUCCAACUCUGCUGGGUUUUUCAAGCUCCCUUAUCGCAUCAUUUUUGCUGUGGCUACUUUGAAUUCCUUGUACGUCUAUGACACAGAAAGUGUCCCUCCAAUAGCAGUUUGGGCUGGUCUUCACUAUGCAGCGAUAACUGAUAUUGCAUGGUCUCCAGAUGCGCAUUUCUUAGCAGUUUCUUCUCAAGACGGCUAUUGUACCUUGGUGGAAUUUGAAAAUAAUGAAUUGGGAUCCCGUGCUUCCGCAUCAGUGGAGAUUAAGGUGGAGGAAAAGAAAAGUGAUGAGCACAAGUCGGAGGUUUCAAUUGAAUCUACUACCAGUGAUAGAAACACAAAGGCUCAGGCUUCGGUUGAAUCUACUACCGAUGAUACAAACACAAAGGCUCAGGCAGACGAGAGAGAUGUUAAGGAGGUGUCUUCUAUUAUAACGAGCUCUUCCGUCCCAAAUAAGCAGGCCAAGAGGCGCAUUACUCCAAUGGCAAUCGAUUAGACAGAAAUUGUAAAUUUUUUUUUUUUUUUUAAGUAUGUUUUAUUUUAUACGUUAUGUUAUAUCCACAUUGCUUCCAAUGGCAUAAGGAGAAAAGGUUACUACUCAGUUUCUGCACCGCUAAAAUCGUGUUCCAUUUCUAGGAUCUUCAUGCUUCCUAUUGGAAUCGUCCUAUUAUCUUAUUA